GUCUCCCAGGAGUCUUACACGGAGGAGAGGAUGGCUUCGGAGAGUGCACCUCCUGCUGAGAAGCUCGAAGGCCACUCAGUUACAGACGCACUCGCUGAGGUCGGCGGCACAAAGCAGAGACGCUCAGCUCAGCUUCACUCAUUCGCUCAGACACUCGGCACACACACAGAUACGCAGACUCUCUCUCUCUCUCACACACACACACACACACACACACACAGAUACGCAGACUCUCUCUCUCUCUCUCACACACACACACACACACAGAUACGCAGACUCUCUCUCUCUCACACACACACACACAGAUACGCAGACUGUCUCUCUCUCUCUCACACACACACACACACACCUUCACGACACUGAGGAAAAACUGAAAGAGAGAAGAAGAGAAGGGAAAGCAGACAACUGCAGAUCCUGAGAGAAAUCUACAGAAAGCAGGGUGUCGAGUUGAAGAGCAUCCUCCUGAGGCCCCCUGCUGACUGAUAACAAGCACUGCGUGGGAGCUUCAUACGUGUGUGUGUGUGUGUGUGUGGCACCAUGCUAUGGACGCUGCUACUAGCGCUGCUGCUGCUUCUCCUGCUGCACACGCAGCUCUCUGUGUGCUUAAGGGAGUUGCGCAGCGGGAGUUCCACUUCGCCUCUUUACUCUCCUCCUUCAUCCUCCUCUUCCUCAUCAUCAUCUUACAACGCCUCCCAGCAGCGGCUGCCCGGAGCUAUCAUCAUUGGGGUGAGGAAAGGCGGCACCAGAGCCUUGCUGGAGAUGCUCAACCUGCACCCGGAUGUGGAGGUGGCAAAGGCAGAGGUGCACUUCUUCAACGUGGAGGAGCACUUCCGCCGUGGUCUGGACUGGUACCGAGCCCAGAUGCCUCUCAGCCUCCCCGCUCAGCUGACGGUGGAGAAGACCCCCGGAUACUUUGCAGCUCCUCAGGUUCCUGCCCGGAUCUGGGACAUGAACCCUGCAGUCCGACUGCUGCUCAUCGUCCGGGACCCGGCGGAGAGGCUGGUGUCGGACUACACCCAGGUUCUGCACAACCGCCUGACCCAGUUGAAGUCCUACCAGCCCCUGGAGGAGCUCCUGCUCCAUAACGGCCACAUCAACAGGGGAUACAAGGCUCUGCAGAGGAGCCUGUACCACCAGCACCUGGCCCGCUGGCUCCAGGUCUUCACCCGGGAUCAGAUUCACGUGGUGGACGGCGACGCUCUGAUCCGAGACCCUUUUCCUGAGCUGAGGAAGGCAGAGCGGUUUCUGGACCUUCCUCCCAGAAUAAACCCCAACAACUUUUACUUCAACACCACCAAGGGCUUCUACUGCCUGCUGUCCGCCGGACACGACAAGUGCCUGGACGAGUCCAAAGGCAGACCUCACGCUCCGCUCAGCUCUCUGGCUCUGAAGAAGCUCUGCCGCUUCUUCAGGAAGCCCAACAAGCUGUUCUUUGAGAUGGUGGGAAGAUCGUUUUCCUGGUGCUGAUCCAGCAGCAGAGGAGACAAACAAUGCAACACAAUCAGGGAUGGAAGCAGGUAGACGAGUGGCGACACCUCCUCAGGUAGAAACGGGACUGUGAGCUGAAGGAGACCCGACCUCCUCAGACCUGACGAAGCAGCACCAACCAGGUCAGACCCGGGUUUGGCACCGGCAGCAGAACUCGUGUGAAGACGUGAGCGAUGUGGAAACAGAGCUGGACUGCAGUGAUCCGUCGUUGCUCUUCCACCAAACGGCUCUUAAAUCGAUGAAAACAAUCUCAGAAACACAGAAGUCUUGAUUUGAUUUUUCUCUGCAGCUGUAAAACUUUUGUAAUCUUGUAAAAGUUCCUGUUUUUAUUCUCUGUCUGCUCUUCUGAUAGUUGACCGGAUGCUUAGUGGGAAAAUAAUGUUUUAGCCUCUUUUUAAUAGAAUCGAUUUUGUUCUUUCACAUGAAGGCAGAUGGAGGUUUUACUGGUUCCUGUUUUCUUAAUAAAUGUUACCAGCCUCCGGA